CUGUAAUUUCUUCAUUGUUGUGCAUAUGAGGAAGAAAGUCUUCCUCAUACUCUUCUCUACACUGCUAUGGGAGAUGCCCUAUGACAAAGCCGCUUCCAAAUUUAGAUUCCAAAGCCCAGUAUCCCCGUCAUUUUGAAUUUGAUUUCGACUUGCAGACAGAGCUAAAUGCGAGCCGUUAGCAAAGCAGUGGUUAUCGGAAACGGCGUCGCCGGCGCAGAGAAUCAGUGCCUCGGCUUACUUCGAGCUCUCGGCCUAUCCCGUCGCCAUACUCUCUACAGAGUCACUAGGCCUCGGGGAGGAAUUAACGAUAGGCUUCGUUGGUUGCCGGUUUCUCUCCACAAAAAGUUAGAGCAUGCCAUGAAGUGGAUUCACGGGGAUUUACAGCCACGAGUUUGUUACAAAUGGAAUAAGGUGACCAGUUUUCCUGCUAAUCAAACAGGUAUUGCAGAAGCUGAUGCUGAGAACAUUGCUAGAGCUGCUCAUGAAACUUUUGAGAAGGAGGGACCUACGUUGGUGGUUGCAUCAGGACGAGAUACUAUUUCCACUGCAAGUUCCAUAAAGCGGUUAGCACCAGAAAAUGUUUUUCUUGUCCAGAUACAACACCCCAGGUCACAUCUUAGUAGGUUUGAUCUUGUCAUCACACCUCGACAUGAUUAUUUUACAUUCACACCUGAGGGGCAAAAGCAGAUUCCUUCACUUAUUCGAAGGUGGAUAACACCUUAUAACCCUCGAGAAGGGCAUGUGGUCCUCACUUUGGGAUCCCUUCAUCAGGUAGAUUUUAGCUCACUGCAAAGUGCUGCUUCUGCAUGGCAUGAUGAAAUUGGACUGCUGCCAAAACCCUUGCUUGUUGUGAACAUUGGGGGACCUAUUGCUCAUUGUAAAUACGGUGAAGACCUGGCAAAUGAGCUAAUAUCAUCACUGCAAAAUGUUCUCCCAACUUGUGGUAGUGUCAGGAUUUCUUUUUCACGCAGAACUCCCAAGAUGGUUGCAGAUCUCAUAGUGUGCAAACUAAGAAAUCAUCCUAAAGUUUACAUUUGGAGUGGGGAAGGUCCAAAUCCACAUAUGGGACAUUUAGCCUUGGCAGAUUCGUUUGUCAUCACGGCUGACUCAAUUAGCAUGUUGAGUGAGGCUUGCAGUACCGGGAAGCCAGUUUAUGUGAUUGGAGCUGAGCGAUGCACAUGGAAAUUUACAGAGUUCCACAGAUCCCUUCGCGAGCGAAGCAUGGUUCGUCCAUUCACGGGAAAAGAGAAUAUAUCUACAGAGAGGUGGACAUAUUCUCCUCUGAAUGAUACCAAAGAGGGUGCCGGCGCUGUGAUAAAUGCACUUGCAGAUCGUGGAUGGAGAUUGCCAUGAAAGGUCCAUUCCUCAGGCAUAAAACUUAAGCUAUUGUUGUUGUUUAUUAUGACUGAAAAAACACCACGGUUCAUGUGACAUUGGCGCCGAAUGUCAUAGGAUGACCUGAGCCAGGGCUCUGUUGGAAACAUCGAUACUUCCUACUUCCUACUUCCUACCCCCUAAAGGAUGCUAAUUUGAUAGUUGGAUGUAUAAUUAUCAAGGAGUAUAUGAAAAAUUCAUUUAUAAUUUGUUUCACCUUGUCGUUUCAGUCUCCUAACUUUGACCAACAUACGUAUUUAAAUUUCGGAGAAUAGCGCUUGCAGAUCCUUAA